GAUCUACUUGUUCCAGCGUCAUCUACGGGCGACAGACUACACAUAUAAUUAGUAUUCGCAGCUCUUUGUCGUCGUGCAGUUUAAUAGUGUCUGGCAUGGUCUAAGCAGUUUGCAGCAAGCAACAUGCCGGUUCCAACCAAGUUAGGACCAUUGAACGAGAAGGAGAAGGCGGAAUUCGACAACAUUGGGUACGAUCAGAUCACGAACUGCAAAGAUGUGAAAAAACUGAUGCGCUUGGAGGCAUACAUGAGGGACGAGGGCUUCGCCACGACAGCUGAUGCGGUUGCGUCGCGCCUGCGUGAGCUGGGCCAGCGUGCCGCCAACAGCGAGCAGGACCCCGAGGUGUCCCGUAUGCUGGCUGAGGAGCAGAGGCGGGCGGCCGAGGAGAUAGCGGCGUGGUCGGCGCGGCAGCGGGAGACGGACGCAGCACUGGGGGCUGUUAGCAAGGAAUCUGACAUGCGGCGACCCUCAGCCGACCCAGGGGUCGGUGGCUACCCACCCGUGCGCGCACCAGCGCCGGCUGAUUCAACGUCUGGGGCUACAGCCCGCAUCUCCCCUGCUGCUGGUGGCGACAAGAAGCAGGGCGGGUCUAAGGCGGACUCCGCGGUAGGCACCCAGGUGCGCAGCGGCCGCGAGUACUACGAGCGCUGGGAGGCUAAGGCAGCCGCAGCCCUCGCAGCAGUCGACCGCGAGGAGACCACAGCCCCCGCCGGCGCCCCCUCCUCCGCCGCCUCCGCCGCCUCUACCGCCGGUCUGGCCCGCAGCCCGCAGCUAACCGAGCGGCUGCUGGAGCUCAACCGCGGCCUCUCGCCGCCCGAGCGGCUAGUGCUGUCAGGCCAGGAGCGCGCCAAGGGCAACGAGCACUUCCGCGCGGGCGAGUUCGCGGAGGCAGUGGAGCACUACACUCUGGCACUGGGGCUGCGGGGGGCGGCGGGCGACAGUAAGCUCUUCGCCAACCGUGCCGCGGCGUACAUCAAGCUCAAGAUGUGGGACGCGGCGGAGGUCGACGCCACGGCGGCACUGGAGACGGAGCCGGGUGCGGUGAAGGUGCUGAUCCGGCGGGCGGCUGCGCGGCUGGAGCUGCGGCGGCCGGCGGAGGCGCUGGCGGACUGCGACCGGGCGCUGGCGGAGGCGGCGGACUGCCGGGAGGCGGCGGAGCUGCGGGUGCGGGCGGUGAAGGCGCUGGAGGAGGCGGGCAUGAAGCGCAUGGCGAUUGAGG